CGUCGGCCUAAUGCGCCUCCUUUUUGAAAAGUCGGACAAACGGACCUUCGGACCAAUGGGUUCCGUUUUCGGAACAUUGAACCGUCGGCAUAGCGGCAUGUCGAUCUAAUGGGAAAUAUUUCGGACCAUUGAGACGUCGGAACAAUUACGCGUCGGAAUUACGGCAUGGCACCGGGCCCACAUACUACCAGCCCCUCAAGCACAUGGUGGACGACAAGAUCCACUCCCGGGCCCGAGGGCCGGUCCAGAUCCUCAACAGACAGCCCAUGGAGGGCAGAUCGCGUGAUGGCGGUCUGCGUUUCGGUGAGAUGGAGCGUGAUUGUCAGAUCGCCCACAGCGCCGCCCAGUUCCUGAGGGAGCGUCUGUUCGAGGCGUCCGACCCCUACCAGGUGCACGUGUGCAACCUGUGCGGCCUCAUGGCCAUCGCCAACACAUGCAACCACACCUACGAGUGUCGCGGCUGCCGCAACAAAAACCCAGCUCCACAUACAAGCGGGACGUGACAACGGCGAAUAGAGAGGCGACCAGAUCUACAACCCUGUGAGUCAGCCUACGCUCCCACACAUUUCAAUUGAUCCUUGACCCUGCAGUGUCGCAGAGAGAUAAAUCAACAGGUUCUCCAUCAUUAACAUCUGCUUCACAUUGUUUUAAUCAAAGUUGUUCUACUCCUCAGGCUCCUCAGCCAGAGCUACUGAGUCAAACUAUCUCGUUCUACGAGAGAAGGCUAUACUGACGCAACAUAACGGCCAGUGCUCGGUAAUAAUUAAUAGUGUGCUGGUUCAGUGGUCCUCCACAAACACCCACACGCACACCCGCACACCCAUCAACAGGGUGCGUGUGUGUGUUUCUAUGGGGGGCCUCUUGGUUUUAACAAAGAGCCCUUCUCCUUUACAAGAGUAUACGGCCUGCUGCUGGAAUUCAGCUACGGCUGGGUCCAGGAUAGGGCUACUGUUUCCAGGGCCAGGGAUGGCCUACUUUAUCACGGGUAGGUCUACUUCACCACCAGCCUUCAUGAGGAAGGGGGGCGUGUGUGUUUACUCUGACCACAUGCCAAGCAUUCAGACUAAAUUGUUAGCGUAGUAAAACCAAUAAAAAAGUUGAUGAAAAUCAAUAAUAUAAUUUACUGACCGGCGUGGAAAUCUUUUUUUGCUAAAUUGAAUUUAGGCAUGGUGGUUAAUAUUCUAUAUAAGCUUUUGGUUCAUGUUGACUUCUACGCCGAAUGCUUUUUGAACCCUCACCUGUUGC